AUGAUGAGCAGGAAUCUCAAUCAUUUUUCUCAAGUGCUGAGAUUUAUAGCACUCUUUAAAAGGCAGAUUCGUACUGAAUUUCCGUUGGGCUAUUUGUUGUUUCAGAAGGAAACACAUCCUUACUACAGUCUCACAGUGAAGAUUCUCAAAGCAAGAAACAUCCAUGGCCUGGAUCUCCUGUCCAAGGCAAACUGCUACGUGGCAGUGGAUCUUCCAACCGCAUCUCCGGUCACUUCUCGAACAAGCCUUGUUUAUAACUGCAGUGAUCCAGAGUGGAAUGAAACUUUUAACUAUAAGAUCCACAAUGCUGUGAAGAAUAUCAUGGAGUUCACCUUCUAUGAUGCAAACGUUGUGCUGAGAAGUCAUGCUGCCUCCAUUACUUUUGAUGUGGCAAAUAUUGCACCAGGCCAGACUUUUAAUCACACAUUCGUGCUCAGUCACCAGGCAAAUGAGAAGAAUGAAGAGUUGGAUGUAGAAUUUUUCUUGGGAGAAAGCACAGAUCCCCCCACUGAGGUCAUCACUAAUGGUGUUUUGGUGGCUCAUCCUUGCCUGUGUGUGCAUGGCACUGUGGAUAAAAGGGAGACAAGCCAGUGGUUAAUACAGGAAAACUGCCAGGUUCACCUCUCCUUGCCUGGAUCCUUUGAGCACUGGUCGUCUACCUCCUGUAGUGCUGAGUCAGAGGAGAAAAGGAAGAUCCCUUUUGUCUUCCAUGUGGACAGAGAAAUCCACCCAAACCUGCUCUUGGAUCUGCUGCAAACUACACCUGUGAUAGAGGAAGGAUGGAGUGAAGACUUGAAAAUGCACACUGAGCAUUUAGGAAUGGCAUCCAUACCUGUCUCCACAUUUCCUCAGGGACAGGAACUGAAGUUUAGUGUUCUGGUAGGAAAGGGACAAAGUGUGGAUAUGACUUUGAAGGUUGAAGAAUGUUCUGAGGAUCUCGAUGUGCGCCUUGGUUUUAAUCUCUGUAGAGGAGAACAACAAUUUUUGGUCAGAAGGAAACAAAAAUCUUCUAAAGCACUAAAGAAGAUACUCAAGUUGUCAAAAGCGCCUUAGAAAAAUGAGGUCCCAACAGUGGCAGUUGUGAGUUCAGGAGGUGGGAUGAGAGCCAUGACUGCUUUCUAUGGCCACUUGUUAGGUCUCCAGGAGCUUUCUCUGUUGGAUACUUUAACAUAUGUGUGUGGAAUUUCAGGAUCCACCUGGUGCUUGUGUAAACUCUACGAAGAUCCUCACUGGUCCCACAAGGAUCUGCAGGAGGCCAUCAGGAUCGCUCGGCAAUUUGUGACCAGCAGCAAGGCGAGAGCUUUUUCCGCGGAACAGCUGGUGUAUUAUUUCCAGCAGUUAUGGUUGUUGGAGAAGGAAGGACAGAAUGUCACCCUGACGGAUUUGUGGGGUCUCAUAAUAGAAUAUUUUUUGCAUCAAAAGGAGAACCCGCGGACACUAUCUGACCAGCAGGCAGCUGUGAGGUGGGGACAGAACCCCUACCCCAUCUAUGCAGCUAUCAAUGUGAAGCCCAAUGUGGAUAGUAGCAUGUUUGCAGAAUGGUGUGAGUUCACACCCUAUGAGUUUGGUAUUCACAAGUAUGGAGCUUUUAUCCGCAUGGAAGACUUUGGCAGUAAAUUCUUUAUGGGGCUGCUACGUGAGAAACGUCCAGAACCCAGGGUUUCCUUUUUGCAAGGAAUAUGGUCAAGUGCAUUUGCUGCAAACCUAGAGGAAAUUUGGAAAGAGGUGGUUUCAUCAAAAGUUGGCUUUAUAGAAUCUCUGAAAGCUGCCAUAGAAAGCUUACAUGAGAUUCAUGGACAUCAAUAUCCAGAUACUUCCCACUUUGAGACUCGGAUGGUUAUGCCAGAAGGAGCUAUUUCAAGUUUAUUUCAAGAUUUCUCUAAGUAUCGUUUUUCCUCUGGAGAAAAUGUGAACUAUAUGCGUGGCUUGUAUCUUCACAAGGACUACCUAAAAAACAAGGAGUUUGUAGCUUGGAAGGGUACUCAACUGGAUGCACUCCCCAACCAUUUAACACCUAUGGAAGAUAACCUAUAUCUGAUAGAUGGGAAUUUUUCUAUCAAUUCUCCUUUUCCUUUAGUGCUUCAUCAAGAACGAGACGUAGAUGUCAUCCUGUCUUUCAACUAUUCUUGGGAAGCCCCAUUUGAGGUACUCUAUAAAACUGAGAAAUACUGUGAAGAACGGGAUAUCCCCUUUCCACACAUUGUUGUCAGUGAAAAAGAUAAGCAGAACCCACAAGAGUGCUAUAUGUUUGUAGAUGCUGAGAAUCCCAAGGCUCCCAUUGUACUUCACUUCCCACUAGUGAAUAACACGUUCCAGAAAUGCAAGGCACCAGGGGUAGUCCGUGAGACAGAAGAAGAGAAAUCAUCUGGAAAUUUUGCUGUUGAUGGGGAAACAUCUCCUUAUUAUACUAUGAAUUUCACUUAUGAACCUGUUGAAUUUGAUCAGCUGCUGGAGCUGUGUCGCUACAACAUUAUGAACAAUAAGGAUGCAAUUUUUAAAGCUCUUGCUUUGGGAUUGAAAAGAAAAGCACAAAAGAGCAAGGGGGAAUAA